UUCAUUUUACUGAAUCGAUUCUUUGAUCUACGCGUUAAAGCGAAUCAAAUUGCGAUUCCGAUUCUUUCGGAUCACUGCUCAGAGUGGAGUCCAUUCUGAAACUUUGCAAUUGUUUAGCCUAUCAUUCCUUUUUCUAAUGCCAGUCCUGGUUUAAGGGUUUAUAUAGUCACUUUUCUUAUAUAUAUCUAACAACAUUACAACUACAGCUCGUGCAUUUUUUUCGAGUCGAUUCGUUCGAACGGCGAAUCGACUCACAUUUGACUCAUUCGUGAAUCGCCCAUCACUACUCCAACUAAACUGAGACAAUAGAGCAGUUCACGAGGUCGUUUUUGGCCACUUAAAUGCUCUACAUGAAAGGAGAUGUCACUCUCAUGAGUAACACAAACACAGAUUUCACCCAAAGCAUCGAGGACGACCCUUUGAUCGAUGGGCCGCUCAUAUCCCGGAACGCUUUGGAGUCGGGAAUCAAAAGAGACUUUCAGAAACUACCAACUACAUGGGGAGCCGGUUUACUGACCGUGUUGCAUGUGGUGUACGUGAGCGUGUGCGUGGCCCUGGCUGCGGUGUGUUGGUUAACCGACACGCACUCUGCAGAGUGCGCAGCGGCAUUGAACGGGGUGGACUCCAGGACCCUGGUGUUGCUCUUGAAGGUGGGCCUGUGGAUACUGGUCUUUCUCUUUGAGAGAUGUGUGCAGCAUCACCACAGCGCAGUGAGGCGGAGAGGAUACCUGCAGUUUUAUAGGCAAACCGCCAAACUCAAGCACCUGCCAUUACUCAUACACUCCGGAGGUAACGCUGCAGUGCUGAUAGUAAUCGCUCCAUCCUCGAUGCUGGAUAGCAAAGUGAAAAAUCUCUCCGUGUAUCUGCUGCUCGCCGUCAUCUGCGUGGAGCUAAUUGCAUCCGUCAUAAGCCUUCUGGUGUAUGCAGUGCACGUGGCAAGGUUUAACAGGCAAAGCCCGAGUCCAGACGUCGCAGAAGACGAGAAAUCUCAUACCUUCUCUGUCACUGCCAGCGACACACACACCGAGAUGGGCUUCAGAGAUGGCUCCUGUCUCGAAGAGGUGGUGGAGAAACAAGCAGACCUGAUCGAGUAUCUGAAGCAGCACAACACACUGCUGAGCAAAAGGAUCCUGACGCUGACAUCACAACAGACCAGAGACUGAGAGGAGAAGAGAAGAUUCCUGUGUUUGACUAGGGUUUUAAUGCACGUGUCUGUUGUGCGUUCGUUUGCUGACUGACAGCAGUGGCCGCGGUCGACUAAUCACAAGGGUUUUUUUUAACGGGAAAAGAGCCUCCUCUCCUUAACAUUGUUUUCAUGCUUCCCUGGUAACAGGUCUUGUAAGAUAAAGGAAUUAAUAGGAAGGAAAAAACCAUUCAGUGAUCAAUCCACCAGCUGUGAAAGCAAGCUGAUGCAUUGAUUUAUGGAGACGUGUAAAGAAAUUACUGAAUAAGGAGCUGAUUUCGGAUUAAAUAUAAUCAUAUAUCUGUGGAGAAUUUUUGGUUCUGAAUCUGAAUUGCACAGAAGGAUAACUUUAAGCUUUCAAGUCUGACUGGGAUUGAGUGUUUAUUUUUUUUUUUUCGUGGCUAAUAUUUAAUGCAAAGUGUUUUGUACAUAUUUUCUUUUUAUUUAAAUUCAGGUUUU